CGAAUUGUCAAAUCACAAAAGUUACCCAGAAAGAAAACAUGCGAAGCAGCAUCUGUUGUGGAAAAAGUUUAUAAAUUUUCGGCAUAUUGAAUGGUGAAAUCUCCCUCAAUCUAAUUCGCAAACUACCAAGAGAGGCGGACAUCAAAAUGACCACGGAAGAACCUCGCAAUCUAACGCAAUUCAAGCGCUACAAAACCGACGAAGAAGGUCGGAAAACUUUCUCGUCCAUCGAGCAGAUAAAAACGGAAGCAUCAAUCGAACGGUUCUACGAUCGCUACGAACAGCUGGCAGCUCUCGAUCCCUCGCUACCGAAGCUGCUGAGAACGGAACACGCUCGCUAUCUGGAGACUUCCCUGGAGCGGUUGUCCUGUGGGUAUGAGUGCCUGGACAGCAGCCGGCCCUGGUUGGUCUACUGGAUCAUGAAUGCGGCCAGCGUGCUGGGGAUCAAGUUCAACGACAGCUUGCUCAAUCGGACGGUGGAUUUCUUGAUCAAAUGUCGCGGCCAGGAUGGCGGUUUUGGCGGUGGACCGGGUCAAGAUCCGCAUCUGGCGCCGACCUACGCAGCCGUGAAUGCUCUCUGCAUCAUCGGUACUGACCGAGCACUGAAUGCGAUCAAUCGUCGAACGCUGAAGAAGUUCUUAUGGGCCGUGAGAGAGUCCAAUGGCGCAUUUAGGAUGCACGUUGGUGGAGAACUGGACGUUCGUGGGGCUUACUGUGCUAUAUCAUCGGCAAAGUUGGCUGCCUUUUCGGUGGAGGACGAAGCCAAGCUGUUCGAGGGCACGGCCAGCUGGAUUGCCGAGUGUCAAACAUACGAAGGCGGGUUCGGGGGAGCUCCGGAUUUGGAGGCGCACGGAGGGUAUUCCUUCUGUGCUGCGGCUGCUUUGGCCAUUCUGGGUGGAGAGGACAAAUGCGAUCUGAAUGCCCUUCUUCGGUGGGCUGUGAAUCGUCAGAUGGCCUACGAGGGUGGAUUUCAGGGACGGACUAACAAACUCGUUGAUGGAUGCUACUCAUUUUGGCAGGGAGCGUUGAUACCCGUUAUUCAGAGCCUGAUUGCCAGGAAGGAGAACUAUCCAGAAAUCAUGAACACGGCAUUGUUCAAUCGAAUCGCACUGCAGGAGUACGUCUUUAUCUGCUGCCAGAAACCAACAGGAGGGCUGAUUGAUAAACCUGGAAAGCCAACGGAUCUAUACCACACAUGCUACACACUGAGUGGCGCCGCCGUCGCUCAACACUGCGAAACCAGCAAACCGCCACUGAUCCUGGGCCAUCCAGACAACGAACUGCUCCCGACACAUCCCGUACAUAACAUCCCUCCAAAGUGCGUAAUCGAUGCGUACAAGUACUUCCUGAAGAACGAGCUGAUCGAAGCGGAACAUACCAACGGCGAGUGGAAUGGGGUCGCAGAGGACACCCCCUUGGCAGCGACGGCCGGUGCCGAGGUCGACGUGGUGGAUGUGGAAAUGAGAGAAAGAUCUGUCGAUUCGGAACGGUCCACUGCGAGCCGCAGCACGGUCCAAUCGGAUGCAACGGAUUCCAUGUCCGGGGCCACCACCAGCGGUACCAGCCAAAGAAGCUCCGAGGAACGUUCGGAGUCGAUCGAUUGAAGCGACGUCUGAGCGAUUGGAGGAAAAGAUUAAUCGGUUUGUUGGAAUUUAACUUAAGCGUUCGAAAGUGUUUCAGAUACAAAUAGAGAUCAGGGCCUGAUGUCGGAUACAAGUUAGCUUUACUCAGCUGUUCAAUACCUUAAUAAUACAUCUCUGGUAUAAAUUCAUAAUAAAUGACGCUAUAUUUAUAUACAAAAAAAAA